CUGUCUGACUGUCGGGUGUGUAGGCGGCGUUGGAGACGUCAGCGAGGCGAGGUGCGCGCACCCAAACCACGCCCCGCCUCCCCAUGAGGUCCCUGGGGGCCCUUAAAUUGAUGAGGCCUCGAGGUCCAGAACCCAUUACCGCUUAGGCCUCACCUCUCUUCUCCGCAGCGCUAAGCCAGCGAGGACUUUACGACACGUCGCGGAUUUAGAUCUUUUAGAUCGCUUGGAAAUAUGACCUCCUCCAACCCCGACCAGCGCCUGGAGCAUCUCCUCAGCGCCGUGGAAAGCGAGUUCCAGAAGGGCAGCGAGAAGGGCGACGCGUCCGAGAGGGAUAUUAAACUGACGCUGGAGGACGCGGAGUUGUGGAACAAAUUCAAGGAGUUGACUAACGAGAUGAUCGUCACCAAAACUGGAAGGAGGAUGUUUCCGGUGCUCAAGGCCAGCGUCAGCGGCCUGGACCCGAACGCCAUGUACUCGGUGCUGCUGGACUUCGUGGCGGCCGAUAACAACCGCUGGAAGUACGUGAACGGAGAGUGGGUCCCCGGCGGCAAGCCGGAGCCGCAGAGCCCCAGCUGCGUCUACAUCCACCCGGACUCGCCCAACUUCGGGGCGCAUUGGAUGAAGGCGCCGGUCUCCUUCAGCAAAGUCAAGCUCUCCAAUAAACUCAACGGGGGCGGACAGAUCAUGCUCAAUUCUCUGCACAAAUACGAGCCCAGGAUCCACAUUGUGAAAGUUGGAGGCAUCCAGAAGAUGAUCAGCAGCCAGUCCUUCCCCGAAACCCAGUUCAUCGCCGUCACUGCUUAUCAGAACGAGGAGAUCACCGCUCUGAAGAUCAAACACAAUCCCUUCGCCAAGGCCUUUCUGGACGCGAAAGAACGGAGCGACCAUAAAGAAGUCCCCGAUCACGCUGCGGACAGCCAGCAGUCCGGCUACUCCCAGCUCGGAGGCUGGUUCCUGCCGGGCCAGGCCCCCAUCUGCCCCAGCAGCAGCCCCCCCCAGUUCACCGGCACGGCGGCCCACUCCUCCAGCUCCUACUGCGAGCGCUACUCCAGCCUGAGGAACCACCGGGCCGCCCCGUACCCCGGCCACUACCCCCACCGCGCCUCCAGCACCAAUAACUACAUGGAGAACGCCUCGGGAGCUCUGCCCUCCCACGACAGCUGGUCUCCGCUCCAGAUCCCCAACUCCACGGGCAUGGGCACGCUGUCCCACACCACCAACUCCACGUCCAACUCCAGUCAGUACCCCAACCUCUGGUCAGUAACCGGCAACACCCUCACCCCAGUCGGCUCCACCUCCGGAGGUCUGACCUCCCAGUUCCUGAGGGGCUCUUCCUACACAGGCCUGACCUCCUCCCUGCCCGUCUCCACACCGUCCUCCAUGUACGACCCCAGCCUGAGCGAGGUCAGCGUUGGGGACGCCCAGUUCGAGAGCUCCAUCGCCAGGCUGACCGCGUCCUGGGCGCCCGUGGCCCAGAGCUACUGAGCUGCUGUUAACACUCCCAACUGAACUGCCUGGGGUGUCCGUCCCCCCCGAAGGAUGGAGCAGGACUAAAAAACAAGAAGUACAGUCUCGGAGAAGCUCAUGUGCCUUUUGAUUCAUUUCACAGACAGGUGUGAAGUUAGGUUGGAGACAAACUGAACAAAGCUGAUUACCUGAUAAUGAUCUGCCGUAUGGACAGUAUCCCACUGGAACAAUAACAAUAGACCGUGAGCUGCAUGUUCACAGUUCAACCUGAUUAUUACAUAUCUAUAAUCCCAUAUUUUAGAUUGAUUCCCGGCUGCUCCUCAACCGAGCGGUGAUUUUACUUUAGUUGUUUUUAUUUUGAAAGUAUAUUUGUGAUGAAAGGGCUCUAACAUAAAUAUGUAUAUGUGUGUAAAUAGAGUAAAUUAACGUCCAGUGUUUCGUCUUAUAAAUGUGCCUUUUACUGGUGUCAAUACAAAUGAUCUGCAUCGGACCGACAGACACAAGUGCCUUCUGCAACCCGCAACCAGUUCUGUCCUCCCUGCACAAAAACAUGUACAUAAAACGUGUAUUUGUACUUGCUUUUAUUUAUGUCAUUUAAUAAUAAAUUAAAAAUGUUGGU